AUGGAAGGAGGCACUGGGCUGCAGCCCCAGGCGGGAGAGCAGCUGGAGGCCAGCGCCAGAGUAGGAGCGGUCCAAGAGAAGUGCGAACCCGAGACCUUUAGGUCCAAGAGUUUACCCGCCCUGAACAGCGCCUCCUGCAGGCCAGACCUGAAUCCUGCCGGAGAAGACUCCAAGCCCGCCUCUGGCCAUCAGGAGUUGAAGCCAGGCCCUGGCCCGCGGGCCCCCAGCCCCUCCGUCCCGUCUACUUCGGCAGAGAUGGCAGGGCUGGUGGAAAGUCACCACAGGGUGGAAAUCGGCAAACCCAUAUCGGUGUCCUCCACUUUGGCCAUGCUCCAGGGCAGAAGGUGCUUCUAUGUGGUCCUCACCGAUUCCCGCUGUUUCCUGGUUUGCAUGUGCUUUCUGACCUUCAUCCAGGCGUUAAUGGUCUCCGGGUACCUGAGCAGUGUCAUCACCACCAUCGAAAGGCGCUACAGUCUGAAGAGUUCCGAGUCAGGGCUGCUGGUCAGCUGCUUUGACAUCGGGAGCCUGGUGGUGGUAGUGUUCGUCAGCUACUUCGGCGGCCGGGGGCGGCGGCCCCUGUGGCUGGCCGUGGGGGGACUCCUCAUUGCCCUGGGGGCCGCCCUUUUCGCUUUACCUCACUUCAUCUCGCCCCCCUACCAGAUCCAAGAGCUGAACGCCUCGGCGGCCAACUACGGCCUGUGUCAGAAUGGCAACUCCUCGGCCACGACGGAGCCUCCCACCUGCCUCAAGGACUCGGGGGGAAACAGUCACUGGGUCUAUGUGGCUUUAUUCGUUUGCGCGCAGAUUCUCAUUGGAAUGGGCUCCACACCUAUUUAUACCCUGGGACCAACCUACUUAGACGACAAUGUCAAGAAAGAAAAUGCAUCCUUGUACCUAGCCAUCAUGUAUGUCAUGGGAGCACUUGGUCCUGCAGUGGGAUAUUUAUUAGGUGGACUUCUUAUUGGUUUUUACGUUGAUCCCAGAAGUCCCAUUCACCUUAAUCAGGAUGACCCUCGUUUCAUUGGAAACUGGUGGAGUGGAUUCCUCCUUUGUGCCAUUGCAAUGUUUCUUGUGAUAUUCCCAAUGUUUACUUUUCCAAAAAAGCUUCCUCCUCGACACAAGAAAAAGAGAAAGAAAAAAUACUCUGCUGAUGUUGCGGGUGACGAUGACGUUAUGAAGGAGAAAACAAACAAUUGUGAAGAAGUGGACAAAAAAGUUUCUUCUAUAGGAUUUGGAAAGGAUGCCAGAGACCUACCAAGAGCAGCUGUCAGGAUCUUAAGCAACAUGACAUUCCUUUUUGUGAGUUUGUCAUACACAGCUGAGAGUGCCAUUGUAACUGCUUUCAUUACCUUCAUUCCCAAGUUCAUCGAGUCACAGUUUGGUAUUCCAGCUUCCAAUGCCAGCAUCUACACUGGCGUCAUCAUCGUCCCCAGUGCCGGAGUUGGGAUUGUCCUUGGAGGCUACAUCAUAAAAAAAUUGAAACUUGGUGCGAGGGAGUCUGCAAAACUAGCGAUGAUCUGCAGUGGUGUGUCUUUACUGUGCUUUUCAACCCUGUUUAUUGUUGGAUGUGAAAGUAUCAAUCUAGGUGGCAUAAACAUCCCGUAUACAACAGGACCUUCUCUGACCAUGCCUCAUAGGAAUCUGACAGGAAGCUGCAAUGUGAAUUGUGGUUGUAAAAUACACGAGUAUGAGCCAGUCUGUGGAUCGGAUGGAAUUACAUACUUUAACCCUUGUCUGGCUGGCUGUGUUAAUAGUGGUAACAUGAGCACUGGGAUACGGAAUUACACAGAGUGCACCUGUGUCCAAAGCCGCCAAGUGAUCACGCCUCCCACAGUGGGGCAGCGCAGCCAGGUCCGCGUGGUUAUUGUCAAAACGUAUCUCAAUGAGAACGGCUAUGCUGUGUCGGGGAAGUGUAAACGGAGCUGUAACACCCUCAUCCCGUUCUUAGUUUUUCUGUUCAUAGUGACCUUCAUCACAGCAUGUGCCCAGCCAUCAGCCAUCAUAGUAACUCUCAGCAUACAUUCCUACUCCAAUUUACUUUGGAGCAGUUAUUGACACCACCUGCAUGCUGUGGCAACAGGAGUGUGGCGUGCAGGGCUCUUGCUGGGAGUACAAUGUCACAUCAUUUCGUUUUGUCUAUUUUGGUUUGGCAGCUGGCCUCAAACUUGUUGGCUUCAUUUUUAUUUUUUUGGCCUGGUACUCCAUUAAAUACAAGGAGGAAGAGCUACAGA